CGGAAACGCUCGUUUCGCGUGUUUCCGAAUCUUUGCUCUUUAAAGGAGUCAGCCAAAGGAAUCGGUUCCAAAUGUUUGCACUUUAAAUGAGUCAGUCAAAUGAAUCGGUUCCUUUGUGAAUCGUGCAUCACUAGCCUUGACGCGUAUGUGUGUUGCACUGCACCGAUAGAGAGAGAGAGUGUGUGUGGGAUUGCGAGCAGCGUUUCGCUCGCCAACAUGCGACAGGCGGAGGAUAUAUUCGCUUAAAGACGGAACAAAAUCCAAUUCAAUCAAAUUCGGUCAAAUGGUGCGUUAACGAAGAGGAGCGUUAUUUGUUUGUUUGUUUUUUUGUUUUUUUCUUCUUCCUCCGUUUUCUCUGUAAAGCCUCAAGCGCCGGGUGACCAUGUCGGGGAAAAUAGAGAGCAAACACGACUCUCAGAGGUCUCAUAUCUCGACGUUCACCAUGAAGCUGAUGGAUAAGUUCCACUCGCCCAAGAUCAAGCGCACUCCGUCCAAGAAGGGCAAACAGAGCGCUCCCGAGCCGUCCGUCAAGAGCACAGAGAAGCCUGUUAACAAGAAGGUGAGCCGACUGGAGGAGCAGGAGAAGGAGGUGGUGAGUGCGCUGAGAUACUUUAAGACCAUCGUGGACAAGAUGUCGGUGGACACCAAAGUGCUCCAGAUGCUGCCUGGCUCUGCUAGCAAAGUCCUAGAGGCCAUUCUGCCCCUCAUGCAAGUGGAGGCAAGGAUCCAGCACAGCUCUGCCGUGUCAUCCUGUCAUAAUCGUGUUUAUCAGAGUCUGGCGAAUCUCAUUCGCUGGGCCGACCAAGUGAUGCUGGAGGGCAUCGACCUAGAUGACAAAGAAACGGUGGCGACCGUUACUGCGGUGAUAAAGGCCGUGCUGGAUGGGGUAAAGGAGUUGGUAAAACUCACCAUAGAAAAACACGAGCAGCCAUCCCCGACGUCGCCUAGCAAGCCAGCGCUCCCUGUGGCCAAAGCAGAGAGCAUGUGUGAACUGCCCCUAACUGAGCGGGAAAAGGAGAUCCUCAGCAAGACCACGCCCACGGAUAGCUUGAGGAACAUCUCAGAAGAGGAAGUAGCGCCGCCCAAACCUCCUCUACCAGGGAUGAAGUUAGCAGAGCACAGCCCACCUGCUCUGCCUCCAAAGAAGCGCCAGUCCGCCUCCUCGCCCACCCGCAUAGCCGUGGUAGCGCCCAUGAGUAGAGCAAACUGUGGCCUCAACCUGCAGCAUGGAGCUCUCAAACAGCAGCAGGAGUACGAGGUAGAACUACUACAGAGGCGCUUCUCCGGCGGCAGCCAAUCGUACGGCGGGGAUUCACCUCGCCUCUCGCCCUGCAGCAUUAUGGGGAAACUGAGCAAAUCAGACGAGCAGCUUUCCUCACUGGAGAGGGACAGCGGCCAAUGCUCACGCAACACUAGCUGUGAGACACUCGAUAACACAGACGGAUACGACCCUGACUACGACUUCCUCCAUCAGGACCUCUCGGUGUCCGAGCCGUUGCCAUUUCCCACGGUUCCCAGCAGCUCUCUGAGCCCGCUCCCAGAAUGCCUCAGUGAGACCCCCGUGACUUCUCCUGGCCCACCACAACCCCGCUUCAGUGCCCCUGUAGCCCCACUCAAUGCUGUGGGAGCAUCCAACGGAGAACGACCCCCUGCACUUCCACAGAAAAAGAGGCGCUCCGCUCCCAUCCUGUCAACCUGCCAGCUCUACGAAUUCCGUCCCUCUGAUGAAGACACGCCCACUUCGUUGGUCACACCCACUAUGACCAACGGCACUGAACUGUCAUCCCCGAGCGACAGCCCUCCACCUCUGCCGGAAAAGAAGAGCAGAACGAUCCUCCAGUAUAUGCAGUUUGUGGAGGAUUACUCAGAACCACAGCCAUCCGUCUUCUAUCAGACUCCUCAGAGCGAGAGAAUCUACGAACAACGCAGAAACAAACGAUUCCAAGAAGUUUAUGGGUCCAAUGACAGCUAUGAGACUCCGCCCCCUCCGGCCUUGCCACCCAAACAGCGGCAGCUGAGUGAGAGUGCAAACGAUGAAGGUGUAGAAGGAGAAGGAGAGUAUGUGAACCUGUACUCUACCUCACAGGCUAAUGGAGAUGGCACACACCACUCAGACGCACUCACACACUGUGAUGUAAUUCACGACUCCACUGCGCACAUACCACUGCCACAGGAAGGAAGCAAGGAAGCGUUAGUCAAAGAGAGGUUGAAGUCGACAGACUCGAGUCACGUCAAAGAGGAGGUCGAUGAGCUUUCUCUCGUCGAUCACAAAGAGAUCAUGAGUCGCAUCACUCUUAAAGCUGAGGGGGAUGAUGGCCCUGACGUCCGAGCCGGCUCAAGCGAUAUUCUCUUAGUUCAUGCUACAGAGACCGAUCGCAAAGAUCUGGUGUUGUACUGUGAAGCUUUUCUAACUACAUACAGAACCUUCAUCACUCCUGAAGACCUCAUCAAAAAACUACAUUACAGAUAUCUUUUACUCUACGUGUGUGUUCCGGACACGUUUAAGAAGCGCGUCAGUAAGAACACUUUCUUCGUGCUGGUGCGGGUGGUGGACGAACUCUGUGUGGUGGAGCUGACGGAGGACAUCCUCAGGCAGCUGAUGGACCUCGUGUUCCGUCUGGUAUGUAACGGCGAGCUGAGUCUGGCUCGCGUGCUUCGCAAAAACAUCCUGGAUAAAGUGGAACAGAAGAGGCUGCUGCAGCAAACACACGUCCUCCAGCCGUUAGCGGCACGAGGGGUCUCGGCCAGGCCAGGCACACUGCAUGACUUUCGCAGCCAUGAGAUCGCUGAUCAGCUCACACUUCUGGAUGCAGAGCUCUUCUACAAGAUUGAGAUUCCAGAGGUUCUUUUGUGGGCGAAGGAGCAGAAUGAGGAGAAGAGUCCCAAUCUGACUCAGUUUACAGAGCACUUCAAUAACAUGAGCUACUGGGUACGCUCAAUAAUCAUCCAGCAGGAGAAAGCUCAGGACCGGGAGAAACUUCUGCUCAAAUUCAUCAAGAUCAUGAAGGUAACAAAAGAAAGAUCGAACACUCCCAGACUCGUUAAACGCACUUCAUAUAGACGUGUCCUUAGAUUCUGUGGCGCUCUUUUUUUUUUUUUUUUAAAUUCAGAUUUAUAUUUGCUACCUUGUUUUCAGCACUUGAGGAAGUUGAACAACUUUAACUCGUACCUGGCAAUCCUGUCGGCUUUGGACUCCGCCCCAAUCAGGAGGCUUGAGUGGCAGAAGCAGACAUCUGAGGGGUUGGAGGAGUACUGCACCUUGAUUGACAGCUCAUCGUCUUUUCGAGCUUAUAGAGCGGCAUUGGCUGACGUGGAGCCUCCCUGCAUCCCUUACCUCGGGUUGAUCCUGCAGGACCUGACCUUCGUACAUCUGGGAAAUCCGGACCUGAUUGAUGGGAAAGUCAACUUCUCUAAGCGCUGGCAGCAGUUCAACAUCCUGGACAGCAUGAGGCGCUUCCAACAAGUCCACUACGAGCUGAAGAGGAACGACGACAUUGUGGCGUUCUUCAACGACUUCAGCGACCACCUGGCCGAGGAGGCGUUGUGGGAGCUUUCGCUGAAGAUCAAACCACGCAACAUCACACGCCGGCGGACUGAGCGUGACGAGAAAACCUAGAGGACGCCUCUAGAAACUUUUCCAGAGAGCACGCAGGGAAUGAUGGGAAACCUGGAGUUUUCAGAGGUGGAAAAAAAAAAAGAAUCCAUGCAAGACUUUAAUGAACAGAGUGGAGCAAAGGCAAUAUUUCCCAAGAGAUAAGUAAUAUACUAAUAUAUGCACACACACACACACACACACACACAGAGGGGAAGACUUAACUUGUAUAUGUGGAUGUGUGUUUGUGAGAGUGAGAGGUUUGGAGCACUAGCAGUGCUUGCUUGUUCUGAAUCAGUGUCUACAGCAGCGAUGAACACUAAAGAGGCUCACUUCUGAAGGUUGGGGCUACCCAUAAUGCCCUGCUGCUAGGACUCCCUGUUCAGUAUAAAGUGGGGUAGAAAGGAAAUGGAAAAAAAAAAGUAAAGUGUGUGUGUGGCGUCCUCUAAUUGCCAUGUUUCUGGAGUCACUCCAGCUCCAUCACAAACACACUUCUAACUCAUGUUGCCAGGCAACAAACUUACAAUGACAUUUUUUUUUUAACUCGUUUAUUUUUGGCAUCAUCUGUGUGUGAUAUAUUGUAUAUGAUAAUAAGCGUAUGAUGUACAGGUGUGUAUUCUCCUCAUAUAUAAAUAAGAGAUGUUUCUUUUUAUUUUAAACUAAAUUUAUGCACUAAAAAAAAAGAAGAAAAACAUAAGGACUGAACAUGCUGUGAUCUCUGUUUGUGUGUGUAUGGGUGUGCACUUGCAAGAAUGUUUGCAAGUGAUUUUGUUAAGAGAAAAGUCACGUGUGUGUGUGUGCGCGCACGCAAGUGCAGGCAUGUCUGAUUGUGUCACGUCUGUUUACUGACUCCUGGGAAUUACUUUUGUUAUGCUCACCACACCACAUUGUGCUAUUCUCCCUGAAUAAACCUACUCUUUCUUUAUAUAGA